AUGGGAGACACAACAAACCUUCCCAAAUAUGACACCCCAGCCGCAGCCAAACUACUACACUCGGUAUACUCCGUCACCAACAUCCAGAACAAGGUGCGUACCCUCGAUGGUACCAAAGUCACCUACUCGGCCUGGACUAAACUGUUCACUCUUCACUGCAAAGGUUACGAUGUUCUUCCACACAUUGACGGCACCGACCCACCGGCGAAGACAGACCCGACAUACGAGUCAUGGGUCAAGAUCGAUUCGAUAGUGCUACAAUGGAUAUACGGAACCCUCUCAGAUGAUCUUUUGGUUCAUAUCCUUGACACCGAUGUUACCGCACGGGAAGCAUGGGUCAAGAUCCACAAUAUUUUUCUCAAUAAUAAAGGAGCCCAUGCAGCUGCGCUGGAGUCCGAGUUCAACAGUCUUAAACUAGUCGCUUGUUCGUCAUUAGACGACUACUGCCAGAAGUUUAAAAACAUUGCCGAACAACUCAAAGAUGUGGGACGCACAGUUGAUGAAGCACUUCUGGUCACUCAACUCAUUAGCGGUUUGCCGUAG